AUGUCCCUCACCGUCCCUCGCCGUCCCUUGCCGUCCCUCGCCGUCCCUCGCCGACCCGUCCCUCGCGUCCUUCGCCUUCCCUUGCCGACCCGUCCCUCGCGUCCCUCGCGUCCCUCGCCGUCCCUCGCGUCCCUCGCCGUCCCUCGCGUCCCUCGCCGUCCCUCGCGUCCCUCGCCGUCCCUCGCGUCCCUCGCCGUCCCUCGCGUCCCUCGCCGUCCCUCGCGUCCCUCGCCGUCCCUCGCGUCCCUCGCCGUCCCUUGCCGUCCCUCGCCGUCCCUCGCCGACCCGUCCCUCGCGUCCUUCGCCUUCCCUUGCCGACCCGUCCCUCGCGUCCCUCGCGUCCCUCGCCGUCCCUCGCGUCCCUCGCCGUCCCUCGCGUCCCUCGCCGUCCCUCGCGUCCCUCGCCGUCCCUCGCGUCCCUCGCCGUCCCUCGCGUCCCUCGCCGUCCCUCGCGUCCCUCGCCGUCCCUCGCGUCCCUCGCCGUCCCUCGCGUCCCUCGCGUCCCUCGCGUCCCUCGCCGUCCCUCGCGUCCCUCGCCGUCCCUUGCCGUCCCUCGCCGUCCCUCGCCGACCCGUCCCUCGCGUCCUUCGCCUUCCCUCGCCGACCCGUCCCUCGCGUCCCUCGCGUCCCUCGCCGUCCCUCGCGUCCCUCGCCGUCCCUUGCCGUCCCUCGCCGUCCCUCGCCGACCCGUCCCUCGCGUCCUUCGCCUUCCCUCGCCGACCCGUCCCUCGCGUCCCUCGCGUCCCUCGCCGUCCCUCGCGUCCCUCGCCGUCCCUCGGGCGUCCAUGUCCGAAACAACGAGGGACAGGACGGCGUGAGAUUGCGUCCAUAAUGUCAAACGGUGAAAAUAGUCAGGUGCCGCGUGUUCGCACCUCACGAGCCUGCAAUUACCCGGGCUUCCGUCGCGGUGAGAAUACCGCCUCGGCCGCCUCGGUUUCCAGGCAGGGUCAUGAUAGCAUCGAUAUUGGUGAUGGUAGUGAUAGAGUUACUACUGCUAAUGCGACACCAACAUCCACACCCAGGUUAGCCACGGAGCUUUGCCGGCCCAAUAAUCUAAUAGUUUUAGACACCGCGGCCAUGAAGCCACAAUUGUAUCCCGUGAUGGGGAUUACAGGCCUGAGACGCCCACUGCGACGCCCACGCCCACGCCCGCGCCACGGGGACUUAGACUAA